CUGUAGUUGACCAAUCUCAAUAGAAAUUUGUCUCAAUUUUCUCCAAGUUAAUGCACUUCACACCUGACAUAAUUCAUCUAACAUAUGGCAUCUAUAGGAAAACUCAUUUCUACAAGCACAAGUUGUUGAUGUAAACAAAAUGACUUUGGCACAUGCACACACUGGACCUCUGUGCUGUAGUUGGGAUUUAUGCUGUAGCUGGGGCGUAACAGGCCUAUAACAAGGAAAAUGUUAGGUCUCAAUCCUUUAUUUUUCAUUGUUUGAAUUCCUACAACUACAAGGUUCUUUAAAAAGGUUACAACUUGCUGAAGGGCAUCUUAUUAUUAAUGAGGUUCAGCUGUCAUGACUGUACCAACUAGCAAAUAAGGCAGCUAGCUGGCUAGAUUUAGCUAAAUUUUUAAUUUUUAGGGUAAAUUUUUAAUCACGUCAUUCGAUAGGUCCUAUGCCGGCUGUGGCCAAGUGGUUAAUUUCAGAACAACAGAAACAUCAACUAAAAGUCUCUGAUGGCGUAAGCGCGCCCUCUAUCACCUCAAAAGGUGACCUAACGUAACGUUAAGAAUAAUUCAUUUUCGACCGACUCUGACUGAGACUCUGACAACACCCGACAUAGGCAAGCUUCUGUCUGUUGAAAAUGUAAGACGUGAAGAAGGUUUACAAACUCCAUUCCAAGUCACCAGGAAUAAUUCAGAGUAUAAAAUGGCUCGGAAUUCUGAGAAAGCAAUGACCAAGUUGGCACGAUGGCGCCAAGCUCAGAUGGAGGAAGGGAAGGUCCGGGAAAAACGACCAUACCUGGCUACCGAGUGUGAGGACCUCCAUAAGGCUGAGAAAUGGAGGCGACAGAUCAUAUCAGAGGUGUCGAAAAAGGUGGCACAGAUACAAAACGCUGGCCUUGGCGAGUUCCGUCUUCGAGACUUGAACGACGAAAUCAACAAACUCCUCAGGGAGAAGACCCACUGGGAAGCGCGAAUCGUUGAACUUGGUGGACCAGAUUAUCGAAAAAUUGGUCCCAAGAUGUUGGACAAGGAAGGAAAAGAGGUACCAGGAAACAGGGGCUACAAGUACUUUGGAGCUGCCAAGGACCUGCCAGGGGUUAGAGAGCUCUUUGAGCAAGAACCUCCUCCACCGCCAAAGAAGACUCGGGCAGAACUGAUGAAGUUCAUUGAUGCAGAUUACUAUGGUUACAGGGAUGAGGAUGAUGGAGUCUUGGUACCUCUGGAAGUGGAACAUGAAAAACAGAUCAUUGCAGCAGCUGUGAGCGAAUGGAAGUCUAAGAAGGAAGCAGGGUUGCUAAGCGACGAGGUCACCAAGGAGCAAGAGGUCGAGGAGGAUAUAUAUGCCAUCACACAUGACCCUGAGUCUGAAGAUGAGGAAGAGUCAACUGAGAUGGAGACAGAAGAAGGUCAGCCACGAUACGUCGCUCAUGUCCCAGUACCCACACAGAAAGAGGUUGAGGAAGCUCUGUUGAGAAGAAAAAAGAUGGAAUUGUUAGAAAAGUACGCCAGCGAAACACUUAUCCAGCAAGGAAAUGAAGCAAAGACACUAAUGGGCUUAUAGCAAACCUGUUUUGUUUCUUUGAUUCUGUAUAAGUCAAGUUAUUUUUUAUUGCUUUUGUGGAAGAGGUGAAAAGGGCUACUGCCUCGUUUUCCAAAUUUAGUCACUGUGCAACUUGGAUUUUUCUGUUGUGGAAGGCACAUGAAAUUGGAAUUGGUAGUUCCAACACUGUCAUGUUAAGGAGUCUAUCUCAUAAAUAUUAUGUUAAUAUCAUAACAGAGGCUCAACAAUUUUUGUGGGGUGCGAGGUUUCUUGUUUGAAGAGUGAAAUUUGUUGUGCGAAGAACAUGGAAAAAUCUUUAUGAUUCAGGCUGUUUAAAAGUACAUGUAUACUAGAAUUCUUCAUGUUCUAUAGAGGGCGCUGCAGAUAAGAGCCAAAUAGGAACACAUUCUGCACAAUUUCCCAACAAGGAAUUCGUUACCAAAAGAGCUUCAGUGCGUGAAAGAAGUGGCCUUAAAGUAUUAAAAGCGUUACCCCUAAUCAUUAUCCAUAAGGAUGACACUGGGGAUUCUCUCUGGCCAGAGGAGGACACUCAAGCUUUGAGGUACACCCGGGUACUAUUUGAUUGUAUUUGUAACUUUUCUUCCUUUGAUAAGCUGUUGAUAUUUUCUGUAUAAAGACAAAACAAUUUAUUUCCAACUUCAUGCACUUUUUUCAUUAUGUAGUAAAUAAUUUUGUAGUUGUAGAUCAUAUGUAAAUAUUUCUUGAUUAAAUGCAAAUAAAGUGUACUUAAUAGUGAAUUUUGCAUAACAAACGAGGUACUUUGUGUGAAUUCUCCAGCACUUUGUAUGCUUGGUUUAACAUCACACUUUGCCAUGUGUUUUGGUUUGUCGCUCAAAAUGGAGUGAUAAAAAUACGUGUACCUUGAAUAUCAUUAUCACAAUCAAACAUUGAUAUUUAAACAUAAAAAUAGCACAAAUGGGUUAUUAUUAUACGCACACGGGUAUUUAUAGCAGCUGA